AUGGAGGCAAAGUACAGCAGCAAGAAGCGCCGCUACACCUUCAAGCUCCUGAAGCGGCAGCAAGAUGUUGGGCGGCUGGAUACCACCACUGCAGCGCAAGUGGACCAGCAGCCCCCCUCACCCUGCCCAGGCCAGCCAGCCACGGCGCCUGAAGCCCCUGAAGCCUCUGCAGCCGCAGCCACGCCUGAGUCAUCGCCGGAGCCUGAGCUAGCCCAGCCCGAUGAGGCAGAAGCCACCAGCGGCGCACCCGUUGCAGAGAGUGCAGCCGCCGCAAAAAAGAAGAAGAAAAAGAACAAAAAGAAAAAGAAGGCGCAGUCCAGUGGCGAGGGCGACGCAAAUGCUGCUGCCGCUGGCGAGGAUGGGGAUGAGGACGAGCGGUUCGAGGACGCCUUGAGCGACACGACAGGCGGCGACGACACCUCAGAUCAGCAUCCAAAUGGGAAGGCGGCAGAGGUGCGGCGUCAGAAGCACGAGCAGCCGCGUGAGCAUGAAUGUCAGCAGCAGGGGGAGCAGCUGGACGAGCAGCAGCAGGACGAGCAGCGGCAGGAGCAGCAGCAGGAGCAGCGGCAGAAGGCUGAGCAGCAGGAGCAGGAGGCUGAACCGCAGCGGCACGCAUCGGCACUGGCGCGGUCACCUUCUGGCCCUGACGGCCUGUUUGACCCCGCGGCAUGGGAGUCCUACCUGGCAGGCCCCAAGGCAGCAGGUGUGGCGGCUGCUCUGGCCGACGACACAUCAGCAGCCGCGGCAUCGGCAUCGGCACCUCCGGCACGUGGCCCCUUGCUGCGCGCUGGCCUGGCCAAGCAUGCUGUCAAGGGCGAAGACAAAUGGGUGCAGGCGAUGCGCAACACCUGGCAGCCGGAGGGGUGGCCAGCCGGCGCGGAUUUUUCGGCGUUCGGCAUCUUUGAUGGUGAGCACCCCAGCAUAGCUGCUGCCUGA